GGUCGCGAGAUCUGUAUUCUGGGCUGCUGGCCUUUUGGCUGUCAAUCUGUGUGUUUUCAAUCGUUGAUUUCCGAGGUCGCGAAUAAACGUGAAUUAAAUCCCAUGACAUUUACAGUGUAGUGUAAGAAUAGAGAGCAAGAGUGCCCGAGGAUAUUUAAUCGUUUCAAAAAUUCGCAAGAUAUCAUAUCACAUAUGCAAGAAGUGAGAGAUUACGAUAAUAAAAAAUGACGAGUAAAAAAGGCCAUACGGUGCGAAUCGAGACGGAAAUUGAUAAAAAUCGAAGCGAAGGAAAUUGGAAAAAGGUUAUAGAAUUAGCUGACCAUCUCAAGGAAAUUUAUCCCAGUAACGAAUGUCUAGCAAAUUUCCUCAACGGCGAAGGUCGCCUGGAAAGUUUUUUGGAUCAAACUCCUCCUGUAGAUGCAAAUGUCAUCAAAGCAAAGUCUGGACUUCAGGAAACAAAACGUUUUUUGUUGCUGGCAGCUAACGAAAGCGACAAACAGGCGAUAGUAGUCUUGGAUGCCCAUCUACUUCUCGGAAAGCUCCAUUAUGCAAUGGGAAUGUACGAAGAGGCGCUCCAACAUUAUCAACAAGCUGAGUUGCAAUCCCUCACUGAGAAGCAAUUACCCAGUCGGAGCUUGCGUAUUAUAGCUGAAUCAUUUGCAAUAAAAGGUCUAUGUAUGGAAAAGCAGUUGCCGACAUUGAAGUCAAAGUACAAAGUAGCCGAAUGGCACGAACAGAUUAUCAAGUGUUUCGAAAUAGCUGGUGAUUUGACAUUGGUUUAUCUACAAGAACAAGAUAAAAUAGCGAUGCAGUCACAAAACGGUACCUCUAUCGUCAAUAGCAGUAGCAUAGGUUCUUACUCGCCACAGCCUUCGAAUAAUUCGACCAAGCAUGUAGGACCUAUUUUAGAAACGGCUUUGCAACGUGCACCUCUGUUGCACAUACAGAGCGGGAAUACACAAGCUGCGAUAAAUCGUUACAGAGGUAUACUCUCAGCCGUUGAAUCAACUGCGACUCAAAGUUUACGCCUCACACUGACUCGACAAUUGGCUGAGGUUUUAUUACGUGGAGUCAGCGGUUCGCUCUAUCAAGCUCCCGAACCACCUGCUGUUUCAUUAGGUACUGGCACAACAAAUCGUAGGCUCAACCACUAUUCUUCGGGCACCGGAGUCGCGGAGUCACCGUGGAAGCCGAAAAAAUAUGUGGGACCAAAUUUGUUCGUACCACGAAACGAAAACGAGGAAAUGAUAUUACUGCUGCUUAUAAGCGAAGCAAUGGCCGUGAGAGACGCAGUUCUCAGUCAAUCGCCGGAAUUUAAGGAAGCAAGAUUGCAUGCUUUUGAGAAUGCGACUGCGGUUUAUGAUCUCCUGACCGUUGUCGUCGUACGAUGGAGCCAAGUGGAACUUUUGUUCGAGUCUUUCGAGCGAGCUAUGAAGUUUUCUCAUCAGGAAGUUCACGUUUGGACGCAGUAUGCUCUCUGUUUGAUAAAUCUCGCGAGAUACACACAUGCGUAUGCCGUGCUAAAAGUUGUUGCGAGAUUAUCGCCAUCGAAGGUGGUACCCUGUUUAUUGGCUGCGAGGCUGUGCUACGAACAUCUCAAUAUGAUCAAAGAGGGUGUCGAGUGGAGUCAAAAAGCUUUGCAACGCGAGACAUCGAGUCCUCAGGGCUUACAAUCGCGUUGCCAUCUCUACAUCGGAAUUGGGAACAGCAUUUUAUCGUCGAACACGAUACUCAAACAGGACAAGGUUCAUCACACUACCACUGCUCUCGAUUGUUUUCACAAAGCACAGCAAUGCGAUCCGAAUGAUCAUCUUGCCGAAUACUACCUCGCGCACGAAUACGCUGUAAAUCGACAGAUAAACGAUGCGAUGGUGCACGUAAAAGUCGCCUUGAAUCUGCGAGCCGAACACAUACCGUCCUUGCACUUAUUGGCACUUUUGUUAUCGGCUCACAAACAAUACAGCGACGCGCUUCAUCUGAUAAAUAGCGUGCUCGAAGAAUAUCCGGACAAUCUUAAUUUUCUGUACGUCAAGGCUAAUCUCGAACUUCAUAGUUUGGGCGGUGACGAAGCUUUGUUUACGAUCAAACGAAUGCUGCAUCUUUGGCGAAGCUUGUACGAGGAUCAAACAAAUGUCGAUUGUAAUGAUCAACAAAGCGAAAAACGCAGCGAAACGAGAAGCGUUUUUCAACUCUACACUUCGGAAAUGUCCGAUAAAGAUUCCAGUUCUCUCCACGCACAAUCGUUGGCUGCUUCGAGAAUAGAGCAAGCGCUUUCAGAGGUUGCUUCAUCGCUGAGCUCGUUCACUCCAAAACCAGGACCUCAAAGAGCCUGGCACUUGCAAUUACAAAUUUGGCUUUUGCUCGCCGAAGUAUUCUUGGCGUUGGAUCGACCCGAGGGUGCUACUUUAUCCUUGCAAGAAGCGACGAAUAUUUUUCCCAUGAGUCACCACAUCAUGUACACCAGAGGCUUGUUGCACGAAUACAAACUCGAAUACGCUGAGGCAAAACAAUGUUACCAAAAUGCAGUUUCCAUAAAUCCAUCGCACAUAAAAAGUCUUCAACAUUUGGGUCUGAUUUACCAUUACCUCGGGAGUCAGAGGCUAGCAGAAAAAACUCUUCGCGAUGCGGCGAAGAUCGAUCCGAAUUCUCAUCAGACUUGGUACAAUUUGGGGAAAGUACUCGAGUCACUCGGUGAAAUGGAAACAGCGAAUGAUUGCAUGGCAACGGCACUGGAGGUCGAAACCACGAAUCCUAUUUUACCAAUAAUGUCCAUUCCAAUAACUUUCGAGUGAAGCCCAGUAACAGAAAAAUGGAAGAAGUUGUGAUAAAGGAAAAAGUAAUAAGACGUUGCGAAAAUCAAGAGAUAACGACGAGAUUUUGUGAAGGCUUUUUCUUGGUUCACGUUGAUGGAAAAAUUGACUAAGGAAUUUCCUGUUGAUCGCGCAAUCGACUCUGAUCGGAAUAUAUUACCUACCAAUCUGCCUAAUGUACAUUAUUUCUUCAAAUUGGGCUUUCGAAAAAUCUACUUCCAUGCCGGCCGUGGAUGCUGGAUUUUUCGUACGGGUAUCAUUAAUCGGUAUUGUGGUCGUUCGAAUUAUCCACAUGAAAUAAUCAAUGAAUAUCCUUGUAAAUUACGAUUUAUGCCAAUUCGAAGCUUUCUCCGCGACGUCGUGUUUGCAUGGAUAAAUAUUUAAUCACCCAGGCAAAAAUAACACGUUAAGACGACUUUUUAUUUCAUUAUUUACUGAUAUUUCAAAAACAGGAUCCUAGAGUUUUUGUACCAAUUAUUUAAUCUUGACGUGUACAACUAGCAAACAGAGAAUUUCUUCAUAAAUCGAAAACAAAUUUUCAUUAUCGUUCCGUUCGGAAAAAAUCAACGAGUCGUUCGAAUCAUUGUUUCGUAUUCUCCCCCGUUCAAGAAUUCAAUGGAAAAAAAAUUAAUCAUCGCAAAUUGUUUAUUGUCACGAAUGUUUUUAUUCGCACGAUGAACCCAUUUCACGUUGAAUACUAUGUCAGUACCUCGUUGAGAAAAAAUCAUUGCCAAUACAAUGGAAUUGUGAGACUCCUUCGAAAGUUAUCAGUCCAUGGGAGUCUUAAACUUUAUUGAAACAUAAAUCAUUAUUGACAGAAAGUUCACAAAAAAGUAAAAGAAAAAAAAAGUCAAUAUCAAUAUUGAUAUUAAUUGAAACGUAAUGCAUGAAUUUUUUUAUUCAACCUGAAAUUGUAAAACAAAUUUUAGAAGGGUUAAAAAAUCGAGAAGUUCAAAACAUUUAAGGUAUUUGAGAGCACUGCAGAAUAUCUACCAUUAUAGUUGAUUGUGGAAGUAAUGGUGGAAAAAAUUGGCGAAAAGUUAAAAUAAUUGAUUAUAUUUUAUGGAAUGCAUAUUUCAAUGUUUGACGAUAAAUCGUGAUGAUUUGCCGCGAAUGUAUUUUGGUGAAAAAAAAAAAUGCGACAAAAAUAAUGAAUAAUUGCAUUUUUUGAAUAGCACAUAGAAAAAAUUUUGAAACGAAAAUCUAAUCCAAAAGAAAAAGACUGAAUUAAAGAACCAAGUCUUCUCGACAAUAACAACAUCGUAUUUGUGGGUGAAACAUAAUUUAUCAAAUAGAUGUGCCCUUCGUUAUUAUAUAGAGUUCGAACGAAACACACACAUUAGUCGCGAUGAGUUAUUUUUAUUUACGAUGAAUUAACGCUGGCUUCAUUUCGAGCGUGUUAUUUUUACCUGAAUACAUUUACGAUUGGCUUCGUAAGACACUCUCCAAGAGGCAAUAAAAACGUUGAAAAACUCGUGUCAAGCCAUCACUCGGAGAGUCUAGCGGCGAAAGUGGGAAGCAUCGAAAUGGCGGUCGUAAAUCCGUUAUGAUCACCAGCGCCACAGUUGAAUCCUUUUUUCGUCAAGCUCAAUUUUUGACAAACCACUGGAAUCGUGUCGUGACCUUGACUGUCUAGGAAUUUCGAUGCACAUAAAACGAAUACAGACAAAAGAGACGAGGCGAUGUUGAGCCGAUGCUUCGCAGAAUGGGAGAAAGAGACGAAGAGAUGAGAGCCCUACGUGCUCGAUUUGUCUAUUAUGCUAAAACACGCGACACAGAGAAGCGUCGUUUUUGCUUUACUAUCGUGCCAGUAGUACCUGCUUACUUCAUUGCAGUAUUUCCCGAACGUAUAAAUAAGACGAAGAUUAAAUAAGAACAAAAAUGAAUCGACAUGUUGAUAAUGUUUGAAUUGUACAAAUCGUUUAAUGUAUCAUACAUUGAUAUAUAUUAUAUAUAUGGUGUAAAAGAGUUUAAUAAAGAGUUAUGCCGAUGCGAUGGUCCGAAAUAUCCGUAUAUUCCGACCAUUCGAAAGGUAUGAAAUAAUAAAAUA